GCUGUGCAAUAGCGACCAUUGGUUCUAGGUAUUCUAAGCGCACCUGCUGAUGAUGGAACGAAGUGAGGCGCUGUUCUCUGUAACUGCAAUACCCACCCGAUGUUUCCCUGCAAGUACAGACUGCUCUUGUUAGUGCAGAGUCUGUGAGCUGGUGUCGUUUCCGAGUCACGUGUCUUGGAGAUGGGGUCACUAAAGAGUAACCAAUUGAAAUAUUCGACGAUCAUCCCGUCCUACGGACUGCUCCUAAUUUGGUUCUUGUUGUUUCUUCAAGCUCCUACAACAUCCGGCGUCGCGGUUCUCGUGCAGCCAAUAGGCACAAACCCGGUCCAGCUUCCUUCCGUAGGCAUACCUGUUGCGGGCAUGGGAGCCGCUGGAAUUCCCAUGGGCAUGGGAUCCAUGGGUAUGGGUUCCAUGGGCGUGAACACUAUGGGACAAGGUGUCAUAAUGACACCCAUGGGCGGUAAUGUCGCCCAGAACCCACCUCCAGUGGUCCUGACGGACGCCAGCGGAGAAACCAAAGUGGUGGGAAGUGCGAAUCCACUUACCGGUGCAAUCGAACUCGAUGCCAACAAGCUUAAAGACGCCCUCGGCGAGGCAGCAGCUGAGGAACCGCCACCCCCCGCAGAAGAGGAGGCUGCCGAGUGAAGUGACAGAGCUGCCUGACUCCCUUUAGUCUGAGACUUCACCAAUAUACGCUUACCGGGGCGCCUACGGCUAGCUUGCGGAAAGCGAACGUGACUAAUAAAAUGUUUUAAUUGCAGGAAAAAUAAUUGGGGAUGUGCGAAAGUUUGUACGUAUGCUUUCCAUGCAUCUAACUUACUCUAAGCAAGAAGGCUGACCUUACAGUAAGGGCAAUGCUCAAGUGGAGAAUCGCGUUUUUUAACAAUAUAGAAUCACAGCGCAUGGCACAGUGCCAACA